AUGUAUGGCCAAACCCAUCACGCACCUUUAAAGAAGAAAGCCUCUCUCCCUCCUCUCUCUCUCUCUCUCUCUCUCUCCACGCCAUUGAAGCGCUUGCUAGGUUCAAGCAAUCUUUAAUUACAAAACCUGUCUCAUGUGAUGUGAUCCCCCUUUGGAGAACGAGAUAGAGAAAGAGCGUGUUUUUGUUAGAAAUGCCAAGCGUAGCUGUGAAGCUCUAUAGCGUCUUCUUCAAGUUCCUCUUGAAGCACCGGUUGCAGAAUCGGAUCCAGUCACCGCCCGACGAAUCCAGCCCCUUCGGUGUAACCUCCCGUCCUGAUGAGACCGUCGCCGCCGCCAAACCUUUCUUCACCGACGGUGUCGCCACCAAGGACAUCCACAUAGACCCCUUCACUUCCCUCUCAAUACGGAUAUUCCUCCCUGAUUCCGCUUUAUACCCACCCGAAACAGACUCCAAACCCCACCACCACCCUCCCAGACCCAAACCCCGUCUCCCAAGAACCAAACCACCCGGAUCCGAUUCCGAUCCAGAUUCCGGAUCCAGUUCCCCCCCACUUGAGUCCUCCAAUUCUCCCUAUCAUUCUCGCCGGAACAGCUACGGCCCUCCCAACAUCCCCAGCAACCCUAAGGAAGAUUCUAGAAGGAAUAGCUGCAACGGUCCCGCCGAUGGCACGGACGGUUUGAAUUUGAUAUCGAGUUCUGUGGGAGGAGUCUACAGAGGGUACUCUCCGUCGCCGGAGAGUCGCCGAAAACUGCCGGUGAUGUUGCAAUUUCACGGUGGCGGAUGGGUCAGUGGGAGCAAUGACUCUGUGGCCAACGAUUUUUUUUGCCGAAGAAUCGCAAAGCUAUGCGACGUGAUCGUUGUGGCGGUGGGCUACCGGCUUGCGCCUGAGAAUCGCUACCCGGCUGCGUUUGAAGAUGGACUGAAGGUAUUGAAUUGGCUGGGGAAGCAGGCAAAUUUGGCUGAGUGUAGUAAGUCGAUGGGGAAUGCGCGUGGCAGUGGUGCCGGCGGCGGCAGAGGCGGCGAGUUUAAGAAGUCUCAGAUUGUGGACACUUUCGGGGCGUCAAUGGUGGAGCCAUGGUUGGCAGCGCACGCAGAUCCAUCGAGAUGUGUUCUCCUUGGUGUGAGCUGCGGUGCAAACAUCGCUGAUUAUGUUGCUCGGAAAGCUGUUGAGGCAGGCAGGCUUGUUGAUCCUGUCAAAGUGGUGGCUCGGGUUUUAAUGUACCCAUUCUUCAUUGGAAGUGUCCCCACGCAUUCUGAGAUAAAGUUAGCAAAUUCCUAUUUCUAUGACAAGGCAAUGUGCAUACUUGCGUGGAAACUAUUCUUACCAGAGGAGGAGUUUAAUCUUGACCACCCAGCUGCCAACCCUCUUAUCCCAGGACGGGGGCCUCCUUUAAGGCUCAUGCCUCCAACGUUGACAGUGGUGGCAGAACUUGAUUGGAUGAGAGAUCGGGCCAUUGCUUACUCAGAGGAGCUUCGGAAGGUAAAUGUAGAUGCUCCCGUUCUCGAGUACAAGGAUGCAGUUCAUGAAUUUGCGACCCUUGACAUGCUUCUCAAGACUCCACAGGCUCAGGCAUGUGCCGAGGACAUUGCCAUCUGGGUCAAGAAGUACAUUUCACUUCGAGGUCACGAGUUCUCUUAUUAAGUUGGAUACAAGAAAAUCAAGACAUACAUUGCAGCAAGAUUAUCAUUUUCUUGUGACUGCUCUGUUAAUAGAUGAGAUCAAGAUACUGAGCUGCCAUUACCUGGGGAUUAGGAUAUCUUGCUUUAGCCUAUAUCUGGCUCCUUGAGCUGUUGGGUUGUUAUUUAAUUCUGAUUUACUCAUUUUCCUCUUCUUUUUGUAAGAUAGAGAAACUGUCGGAGUAGGAUUUAGUUGGGCCUGUGAGGUGCAUUUACCUUUGCUCGAGUAAUGAACGCCACAUUUGGACGUUCUUGUCAAAAUUUUCCUGUGUAUUACUGUCACUCAUUAAUCGAGUUCAAUGCAAUGAAAUGCUCUCUCUC